GGAGGCCUUUAAUGAGAAAUAUUUCCCUGAUCGAGUUCGUUUCAAGAUGGAGGCUGAUUUUCUAAGUUUAAUACAAGGGAAUAAAUCAGUGGCUGAAUAUGAAGAGCAAUUCACAGCUUUGUCGCGUUUUGUUCCUAAAUUAAUUGAUGAAGAGGGUAGUAAGUGUCGAAGAUUCUUUGAAGGAUUGCGUCCAUCCAUUAAGGCUCAAUUAUCAAUUCUUAAGUUGACAACAUAUUCGGAUAUUGUUGAUCGAGCUAUGAUAGCAGAAAGAUAUUUGAGGGAGUCCCAAACUGGUAGAGACACUUGGAACAAAAAUAAUAAACAGUAUGAAUCUCGAAUUGGAGGAUCAAACCAGCAGGGUGAUGAGCUAGUAAGACAUUCCAAUAAUGGGUCUUCGCAUAAAAACGUUCCCUUCUGUCAGUAUUGCGGUAAUUCACAUAUUGGAGAAUGUCUGAAGAGAAAAGGUGCUUGUUUUGGGUGUGGUGAAGUUGGACAUAGAAUCAGAGACUGUCCAAAGAAAAGAGGUGCUAUUAUGGGAGCUUCCAGUGAUGAAACAGAAAGGAAGAAGCUAAGGACUCAAGGACGUGUUUUUGCCCUAACCAAGCAAGAUGAUGAAGCUCCUAAUAAAGUGGUUUCAGAAUAAGUUUUCUAGAUUAGCUAGGAGGGGUGGAAUAAAAUAAACUCAAGCUGAGUUGGGAGAUUGAAGAGUUUUGAUGUCUAGAUUUUAUUGUUUAUGAAUAUUGUAAUUGUGGAUUAUUUAGAAUGUGUGAUUAUGUUUAAUUAUUUUCUUUUUGGGGAUUAUUUUGGCAAAAAUAAGAUUAUAUUAUGCUAUA